AGUUCUGUGCGAGACGUUGUUCGAUGCGGUCGAUGUAGCGGCUAAAAAAAAACUAAAUAAAUAAAUAUAAACAAAUACAAAAAUACACAGAUACACGUUCACACAGCGAUUGAGAUACAGCUUAGAGAAAUAAAGUAGCGGCAAACAUAAUACAAAAAAUAUUAACGCGCGUCGUUUGAAGUGCAAUUUGCAAUUGCAACGGCUGAUUGUGCACCGUCGAUAGGCAUUAAGUGUUAAUGGCAUGCCAUAAUAAAUACAUAUUUAAUUUACGCCAACUGGAUCUGUCGAUCUAUGGAUCUAUGCAUUUUUAACAUCAUCCAUCGACCGAACGUGAUUCCAUCAAAUUUGGCGCGUGUGCUCUUGACUUUGUUUCUCGUUCGAUCUGCUGCAGCUGACAUUUGAUCUUUGGAAAGAUCAACCGAUCCGUCGGCGAUCAACGAUCAACGAUCAUCGAUCAUCGAUCGGCGAUUGAUCAGCGUGUCGCAGUUAGUUGUAAACAGUUCGAUGUGUGUUUAGAAUAACGACAGAACUAACCACAUGGAAUGCGAUUAACAACCCCACCUACGAUCAGAGCAGCAAUUUGUUUGUCAACUUUAAGACGAAGCCAAAAAAAAAACAACAAUUAAGUUCGCCAAUCGAUUGGGUAACUGGAGACAACUCAAAUAAACAAAUAAAAGGUGACAGCGAAAUGACGAAAAUGACGACAAAUUUGAAAGAUAUUCAACUCAUUACCCUCGCAAUAUUCUGUUUUACGCUAUUUCUGGGCUGUGAGUGUCAAAACGCCAUUGCGAAAACUUCCUUCUCUUGCACAGGACGACCAGCGGGCUACUAUGCCGACGUGGAGACGGGCUGUCAGGUCUACCAUAUGUGCGAUGGCCUGGGUCGCCAGUUCAGCUAUACCUGUCCCAAUACGACGCUCUUCCAGCAGCGCAUGCUCAUCUGCGAUCACUGGUACAUGGUCAACUGCUCCAAGGCUGAGAGCAACUAUGCGGCCAAUCUUCUAAUUGGCCAGCGGGACAAACCCUUUGUGAACGAUGAGGAGAACAGUUUGCGCACACCUCGUCCCGAUCUGCUGGAUCGUCCCUAUGCGCCCGACUACUCCGGCGAAUCCUUCAGAAGCCAGUACAAGCAAUUGACGCCGAGCCAAAAUCAAAUACGCGACGAUUCCACAAAGACCGCUGUCAAAUUUGAUACUCAGUUCGCACAAAAUGGUCAAACUCGCUGGCGGAUUCCACCGCCCAGUCGCACAAUCCUGCCGCCGGCGUAUGAGCCGCAGAUUGAACUGGUGGUUAGCAGCACUGCCAGACCAAGAGCAAGCAGCAGCAGCAUUGCCACCACCCGCCAAAGCACUAGCACCACUCGUAGGAGCACCACAACUUCGACCACAACCACCACUCGCAGGCCCAUCUUCACAGCGCCUGUGGUGGCGAAACGCACCGAGGCACUGCAUCAGCGCAUCACGGAACUGGACACGGAUGAUUUGGGCACCAGUCACAGCACACGCUACAAUACCUCGGCGGAUUUCAAUUCAGCUGAGCUGCCAGCGGCACAGUACAAAAAUAUCACCACAAAGCUGGUCAAGUUUGUGAAGACUCCAUCGAAAAUCUAUGAGCCACCAUUCGUCUAUCCCAUUUACAAUCAGGAUGAUGGACAACAACAGCAACAGCAGCAGCAGCAAGCAGCAGAUGCAUUGCGCACCUCUUCAGCGGCGCCCUUCAGCACCGCUCCGACUAAGUUUCGCUUCACUGCAUCAUCAUCAUCAUCAGCAGCAGCAGUAGCACCAGCAGCAGCUGCUCGACCAAGCACCACAGUGCGACCAUUGAGUCGACCCACCACAUUUGCCGGACUACCUUUCUCCCAUUCCACGCUGGCCACCACAGCGAGCACCAAUUAUAGACCUGCUCCCGCUGCCGCUCCCAUUACAACUAAGAUCGAGCAUCGCACGCCGACGCCAGCGCAGAGUUUCCGUUUGACCACGCCCACAACGACAGCGCCACCAAGAGUACAAUCGAAGGCGGAGCUGCCGUUUAAUGAUCUGCUGCCACCGUUUGUGGACUUUGUGCCACACGAUAUAGCCACCACACAAGGUCCGCCCAUUUACUACGAGUGGAAGGUGCCAGCUAAUGGCUUGGAGCCACCCAAACUGGAUCCGCCCAUUGGGGUGGAUGGACGUGAAUAUCCCGAGACGACCGGCAACUAUGCCAGCAAACAGGACAACUACAAUAGCAAACUGAAUGACAUUGCCAGUCACAGUGGAGCAGCUGUGAUCAGCAAGCGGCUGCCCACCUCCAGAUCGAUCAAGCCCAAUGAGCUGGCCGUGGGGGGCAACGAGAAGGCACAACGUCGCUCCGAUGUGGUCGCCAGCCCCAGUACCAUUGCCCACACAACGGAUAUAACACAGCUGCGCAAACAGUUGCUCAUACCGGAAUAUGCGUUUCCGUUGGAGGCAAUCGGACGGACUGGCUAUGCACCGGGCUCAAGUGCUGCUGGGGAUCUAUACAACUCCUUUCAGCUAAAGAUACCCGAACGUCGCUCCAGCAGCAGUCGUUCCACUGGGAGCAGCAGCGGCAGCAGCAGCUCCUCAAGCAACAUCCGAUGGUUUGGCGAGAAUCCCAAGUGCCCCGAGUGCCAUCCAUCGUUUGUGCUACCCGGCACCUGCGAGCCCUGUCUGCGUCGAUAAGUUUUAAGUCUCUCAGUUCCAUUGAAGCAAACUACGCAAACUAGUAUUAGAUGACAUACAUAUACAUACAUACAUACAUACAUACAUACAUACAUACAUACUUACUUACUACAUACAUACAUAAAUACAUAUGUAUAUACAUGUGUGUAUAUCCCCCUGUCCAUAGCAUCGUGCAUUUCAUGCAUU